GCUAGUAGUGCUGUUGCCCCACCAGUCAGUGAACAACCGGAGAGUAGCUAGACAUGCAGAACCGCCACUGCCCUUAGGAUCCUGCAUAGGUUUCUCCUGAGUUUAUGAAAAAGCACUGAGUUAUGACGGGGAGCAUUUUUAGGAACGAACCUGUCUUUGGUAAUUGAGUUGCAGAAAAAAAUCAGAGACUCUGAAAAUCAGUUGAAAGGGAAAUAGUUGCGCCAACCGGUCUGACAGUCAGCGUGUGGGAAUGGCAGCUCCCCGGCCGAUAAAAGGCAUCCUGAAAAACAAGAACAGCGGGACAAAUGUCAAAUCGCUGCCCGAUGAAGAACCGGGUGAGAGUCCUGAACAACCUCCUGUACUCUCGGAAGAUGAUCCACAGAAGAAAUCCCAGAAGUGGGAUGAGAUGAACAUCCUGGCCACGUAUCAUCCGGCUGACAAAGACUAUGGCCUGAUGAAGAUCGAUGAACCCAGCACACCUUACAACAGGAUGGUGGGGGAAGACGAUGAUGAAGGGGCGCUGAGUGACUCGGACGGCCACAGUGGACUCGCAGCUGAUGACCUGGCAUCAAAGCUGGUGGCAGCAGAAGGCUCAGAGCCUCGCUUUAUGAAGGAAGAAGAAGAAGAAGAAGAAGAAGAGAGCAGCGAGGAGGAGCAAGAGGAGCUGACUCCUGAAGAACAUGCCAAAAAGACACAUUUUCAGAUGAUGAGGAAGAUGCACUACAAUGAAGGCAUGAACAUCAAGCUGGCCCGCCAGCUCAUUGCCAAGGAGCUAGAAGAGGACGAGGAUUUAGACGAAGAGAUGAGGGAUGACACAGAAGAGGCGAGGGAGGACGCAGAGGAGACAGAGGAGACAGGAGGAGACGGAGGAGAUCAGUGUUGACCCGCCACAGGAAGCUGAUUCUCUGGAUUCCUAGACGAAGCUUCUCUCCCACCUUCAGCCCUGUGUGUCGGCUCAACAUCCAGACAGACAAUGCCGCUGCGCUCUGUUUUUAACGCUGGGCCGUACAGCAGACACCGCUUCACCACUCGUAUAACAAACCUCAACAGCCAAUAACCUCCCGGUCACCUGUCUGUCUCUACUUUUCAUUAGAACUGUGCAAUAUAACCUUCAAACACUCUGGGUUUUAACUCCCAGAAGCAGUACAACACACGAGAGAAGACUGUUGCUCCCUCCUCCUCCUCCCCUCUCCUGUUGCCAAGAAUUUCCCCCUCCUACCUCCUCUAGACCGUCGUCGCACUGAAGAAUAUGUGAUUCUGACCUUGAAACGAGCAUCAAGGCCUUGUAAAAAAAAAGAAAACAUUAAAAAAACACACAAAAAACAAACAGCUGCUGGAUACCACGACUCCCGUCUGGCGGCUCCACAGUCCUUCUGCAGGCCACAAAGCCAGUACGUCAGCCCUGGAGGAAGCCAGGGGAAACCCCACGGCCUCACUAAAGAUAUCUGAGACAUGACGACGACACUUAUACUGGGUGAACUUCAGACCGCUUUUUAUUUUUCUUGUGACCCAACACCCUGUUGCAUUUCCCUUCCUCCCUCAGUACAUUUUGUGAUAAAGGUUGGACACCAUGAUGACCAGUGAGGUUGUUUUUGUCCUCUUGGCUUACCUGGUAAUUCAUUCAAGCUUUUCAUAUUGGAAUAAUAGUGUUAUGAUCAUUUAGGAGCUAUUUAUUAGUCUCUAAUAGCACAACAAGAUCGAAAUUUCAUUGUAAAGAAAAAAACAUCGUUCAACCGACCAAUACAACCAUAGUAUUAAUUGACACGUGUAUACUGUGGUGUCUCACUUUGAUGCUUGCAGUCAAACCGUAUGACUUUGUGCUUAAGAUUAUUAGUAUUGAAUUGGCACGAUUCUGAUUUUGCCCCCAAACUUCUUAUUUACGUCUCUUUUUAAAAGCAAGAACACCACACCAAACCUCAUUUAAAAUUAUAGCAAUUAAAAAAGCAAACCUAUAUACCUACAUACCUCAUAGAAACAGACUCUAGGCCUUUUUUUUUUCUCCUUCAAAAUUGAAUCCACUGAUACAUUUGCCAUAUAGGUCAUCCAUCAAGAGACACUUUUCAGUAAAACAUUUUUUUAUUUAAAUUGAUUUGCGGUAGAAGAUUGCAGGACAUGCUGGUAAUAAAUGUCUCUGAAUGUUCAGUCAGGCCCCUGUGUUUUUCCUGGCCAUAGCAGUAAGGUAAUGAAAUUGUCCCUUUUAGAAUUUUUUUAAUCUAAGAUAGUAGGGGGUGACGGGGGACGGUGUUGAAGUCCCACAUCUGAGGUACAGCAUGUGCUACUGAUAAACAGGACAGUGUCCCGUCUUUAACAAUGUCCAGCUUUAAGCACCAGGCUCUUAUGUAGAUCUGACAAAGAAGAAACCAGCUCUGGCUCAAAAAGGAAUUGUAGACUUGUCAUCGCACGGGAGCUACACCGGGCCAAAUGCGUGAGUAAAUUAUUUUGAGGAAGUCAUCUGAUUUGUGUUUUUCAUUUCUCACCCGACUUCAUCACACUUUUUAUUUAAUGUUGUCUGAUCUACUUGAGUGUCUUGUACGACGCAGCUUGGGAAUGUCAACGAACGAGUUGUUAUAGAUGCUACUGACUUUAAUUAAAGCAGAUGUUGGCGGUGGAGCUAACCACUAAGGCUUUUUGGAGGUGUUUUCAAGGAUUUUUGUGAUUUCUGGGGUUCCUACAAGUGUCGAAAGUCUUUAAAAAAAAAAAAAAAAAAAAAAGGUGUUGGAUUAGACAAAAGUAUUGAAGAACAAAAAAGAUCCUGUU